AUGGCUCUCAAACCUCUCCAAAUCCACGGUAGCGUGGCUGCUCCUAACCCUUUCAAAGUCGCCAUCGUUCUCUCCGAACUCGGCCUCCCAUACGAAUUCAUCGACGUCCCAUACAGCGAACUCAAAGGUCCCGCCUUCACCGCUAUCAAUCCAAACGGCCGUUCCCCAGCCCUCGUGGAUCCAAACAACGACAACUUCACCAUCUGGGAAUCCGGCGCUAUCAUCAACUAUGUCAUCACCCAAUACGACACCGAACACAAGCUCAGUUUCCCCAUCGGCACCAAAGAGUACCAUCUCACCCAGCAAUGGCUGCACUUCCAAAUGUCCGGCCAGGGCCCAUAUUUCGGACAAUGGUACUGGUUCCAGAACUACCAUGACGAGAAAAUCCCGAGCGCGAUCGAGCGCUAUGCAAAGGAGGUCAAGCGGGUGACGAACGUGUUGGAUGGAUGGCUCGCGGAUAAACAGUUUCUGGUCGGCGACAAGUGCACCUUUGCCGAUCUUGCGUUUAUUCCGUGGCAAUCCGGUCUGCCGGAGAUGACAGGGCUAAACGUGGAGAGCGAGGUUCCGAAUGCGCAUCGGUGGCUUGAGAGCAUGAGAAAUAAACCAGAGGUGGCAAAGGUUAUAAAGGCCAGCGCCGAAGCUAGGCUGCAAAGGGAGAAAAGUAAAUAG